ACAGGGACACAAAUAUAAUAGCAGGGAGUCAAAUGGUCUUUGAGCCCGAAAUGCUAUACGCAACAGCAAACGUUUCGAAUGAUCUAACCAUUAAUAUCCCAGUGCCAACACUCAAAGAACUCCUGGAAAUCCAAAAGGUGAAUAGUUCAUCUCCGCAAACUUCUUUGGUUGACAAUCAAAUCAAUAAAAGCGCAUUUGGGCUGUUUCUACUUGCAUUUGGGAACGAAGUUUACAAGAAAACAAGAUUGUCUGCAAAAUUGUGGGGUAAAUUUGCAGUGACCGGAAGGGAAAUUUGGAGGAAUGCCGAUGAAGCAUAUCGAGAUGCUUUUGAUAAACUUGUUGAACUAAAUUCUCAUGAUGAAUAA